AUGUCAAAUUACGCACAGGAGCUUCCUUUUUUAAACUCUCAGGGUAAAAUCUCAAGAACAAAGGACACCGGGGUCACCAACCUGUGCAAUUUCCCGUGGGUACUCGAGUUGAUGAAAGAGGUCGGUGAUGAUGAAGACUCCAGCGAUAUAUCAGGUUACCAUUCGGAUUCAGAUAGUGCCAUUAUGAUGUCGGGUAACUCACCAUAUGUCACAAAACGUGCCAGGCAUAAUUUCCUUACCAGAUCAGUUCGAUCGAGUAGUAAUAGAAGCGGAAGAACGUGUCUAGGAUUGAGCACUUCUUCGACCGACAGCCCACCAGAUAAAGAAACAACCACAGAUUGGGAAUGGUCUGGCACAAAGAGCAACAGUUGCAGGUCUGUAAUUUCAACUGAAAGGGAACACAAAAAAACUCCAUUGGUCAAACCCUGGUGCUCAUCCUGUGAGGACAGAGCCGUCCUUCAGAUCACAGUACCCGACACAACCACCCACCAAAACGAAGUAACAGCACUUCAGUCUGAACUUGAGAGGACGAGGAUGGAACUUGAUCAAACAAAAGCAAGGCUUGCAGUCUUAGAUGCUCAUGCACAAGCCAAGGAACUGAGUGGUCCAAGAUUGGUACGCUGCUACGGAAAUCUUUACUCGCAAGGAAGAGUUGAAGCUCUCAAUGCUUUGGAUACACUCCCUCCUUUUAAAGACGCCCCAGAGCUUAAGUCAAAAAUAUUAUUUUCAGUUGUUGUUUUGGCAUUUAGAGCAACAAGCAGCCAGCUGACGACAAAGAAAGAACAAUUGAGGAGAAUCCUACUCGCUCCCGCUCCACAAACAAAUGCUCAUAAAGAGUUGGAGGAAGCCGUUGCGAUGUUUCUUCGCAGGACAGUCGACACCUUCGAUCUGACACACUGUAUCGAAGAGGUGAGCUCACAGCUUUGGGCGACGCUUUAUGACUAUCCUUGUUUGAAAAACUGCCCCGGACUAACCCAAUACAUCAAAGAUUCUGUUCGACUUGCUUGGGCACUUGUUAAUCAGGGAGCCGGUUACUGCCUCGAGUACGAAGACAGAGUUUUCAGGCGUGAAAUGCAUGUCAGAUUCCACUCAGCGGAUCCGGAGAGCAACUCGAUACGAACGUAUCUUUGGCCAGCCCUUCUUGAAUCACCAUCAGGGCCCUGUGUCUAUAAAGCUGUUGUUCUUACAUAAAAACCGCCUUCAUAACCACCUUAUUAUAACACUUAGUGGGUUCUCACCUAUCUCUUUUAACUAAUUCAUUUACAUUUUAUUCAUUUACUAACUUAUUGUAAUUUUU